AUGUCUUCCGUCAAGCAAAACCAACCACAACCCUCAUGCCACACUCUCUUCUCUCUCCGUGGCUCACUCCUAACCCUCGCAAUCCUCACCCUUCUUUCAUUCACAUACCUUUCCCUCAAAUACACCACGCCUUCAUCUCAGGUGACAGCGUCAGUUGGAAAGGUUGUGGAUGUAGGAAGAAGCGAGGAAGUUGAAGAUGCUGAUGAUGAUGAAUUUGGGGAUGUGUAUCACUCGCCACGCGUUUUCAAGUUGAAUUUUGCGGUGAUGGAGAAGAGGUUCAAGGUUUAUAUAUACCCAGAUGGGGAUUCUAAAACUUUUUAUCAGACUCCGAGGAAGCUUACCGGAAAGUAUGCUAGUGAGGGGUAUUUUUUUCAAAAUAUUAGGGAGAGUCAUUUUCGGACUCUUGAUCCUGAUCAGGCUCAUCUCUUUUUCAUUCCUAUUUCAUGUCACAAGAUGCGUGGCAAGGGCACAUCUUAUGAGAAUAUGACCAUAAUUGUACAAAAUUACGUGGAGAGCUUGAUAUCCAAGUAUCCUUAUUGGAACAGAACAUUGGGUGCUGAUCAUUUCUUUGUCACUUGUCAUGAUGUUGGUGUGAGGGCAACAGAAGGACUUCCGUUACUUGUGAAGAAUUCCAUUCGAGCAGUGUGCUCCCCCAGCUAUGAUGUUGGAUUCAUUCCACACAAAGAUGUUGCUCUCCCUCAAGUGCUACAACCAUUUGCUCUUCCAGCUGGAGGGAAUGAUGUAGAAAAUAGGACUAGUCUUGGAUUUUGGGCUGGUCAUCGUAACUCUAAAAUUAGAGUUAUUCUAGCGCGUGUAUGGGAAAAUGACACAGAACUUGACAUUUCAAAUAACCGAAUUAGUAGGGCUACUGGGCAUCUAGUGUACCAGAAGAGAUUUUACAGGAGUAAGUUUUGUAUAUGCCCUGGUGGAUCACAGGUUAACAGUGCCCGAAUAGCAGAUUCUAUCCAUUAUGGAUGCAUACCUGUGAUAUUAUCAAAUUACUAUGACCUUCCUUUUAAUGAUAUUCUUGACUGGAGAAAAUUUGCUGUUGUACUCAAGGAAAGUGAUGUAUAUCAGCUUAAACAAAUCCUCAAGAAAAUAUCGCAGGCCGAGUUUGUUGUACUUCAUAAUAAUUUAGUCAAGAUUCAGAAACACUUCCAGUGGAAUUCGCCUCCAGUGAGAUAUGAUGCUUUCCAUAUGGUUAUGUAUGACCUCUGGUUACGCCAUCACACCAUCCAAUAUUGA